AGGUUAGGAUAUUAACAAAAUGGGUGGUGGAGGGUGGGGGUGAAGGAAAAGUCCAGUCUUCAUAGAACUUCACGCGUUUAAAAUCAUUGACGAAACAAAAAUGGGUAAGAUGAAAAAACUUACCUGGAUUUUAAUCUUAGCACAACUUGCAGCUUCCUUGGCCCAAGUAAUCGAACUGUUACCGCUGCCUUGCAAUGACAAAAACGUUGAGAAGAUUUCUCGCUUGGCGCUCACUUACAUUAACGAGGAUAGAGCCGUGGGAUACAAAUUCAGCCUCAACAGAAUUUCGAACGUUCAUCUUCACGCACAGGGCCCUGCUGGAAAGGUCUACUACCUGGAACUGGAUGUGCUGGAAACAAAAUGUCAUGUUAGGAGCCCCAAAUCCUGGAAGCGUUGUGACAUCAGACCUGUCAUGGAAACACAAAUCUCUGGGAACUGCAAUGUUACCACCCUUCAUACCUCACAGGGAUUCUCCUACCUGUACAGUUAUGACUGCACCCUUGUUCCAGAUGAGCCAGAGAAACUGCUGAAGAUCUGCCCGGACUGUCCCCUGCUCCUGCCUGUUGACAGUGCUGAGGCCCAGCAGACAGCUCAGCUCACUCUGCGGAAGUACAACUCCCAGAGCACCCUGCCCGCAACAUUUUCUGUGCAGAGCAUCACCAGAGCCUCUGCUAAGAGGGCGCCGGUGCAGGGCAGCUUCGUGGAGUACACGAUCCAGGAGACAGAGUGCCCAGAGGGGCGCUUAGCUACCAGACUCUGCAAGCCAGAGGACCUGGGGAGAGCUCCAGCAGGGUUCUGCGUAGGUGCAGUUUAUGGCAAUGGAAAGAGCAAUCCAGAAGUUGAGGUGUCCUGUGAAAUAUUCCACCCACAGGAUUUUGAGAUGUCAGUGCCUGGGACUGCAGUGAAUGGUGCUGGACAGCAGCAGGUCCCCGAAGUGUUACCUGCUCAGCAUGAAAAAAAUGCAGGCAGUGAGGCAAAAAUCACAAUUCCCCAAGAAAACUCUGAGCCCAGAACCUCUGACCCUGUGCAGCAGCCUGCUGUUCCCAAAGACCUCACCCCUGAUCCCUUUGGCCCUGUAAAGAAGGCUACAGUUGAAGUCUCUGAACCCUCUGUCCAUGUUCAACACACACCACCCAGUGAGUCCUCGGAGUCUGAUUCAGACUCAGAGUCCUCUGAGGAGCUAGGGAGCACCUUUGUUAGGCCUCCCCUGGACUUUAGAUACAAGUCCCCCCGCCUGAAAAGGCAGGCAGGUACAGAUGGAAGCCCUCAGCACAACCCAGUCUUUUUAUCAGUCUUCCCUGCCUUGCCCUCCCCAUUCCGCUCUUGCCCUGGUGCCCCUCGUUUUUCCACUGUGUAGAACGGCUGACUUCUGGCCUGCCUCAGACCAGACCUCCAUAAUAUGCAGAAGCAAUCUGUUAGUACAAAAGCAACUGGGUGUACAAAAAGAAUUAGAUUCAUCCUUUCACAUGCUUGUAAAUAAAAUAUUUAAAACA